CACUACCACUACCACUACCACUACCACUACCACUACCACUACCACUACCACUACCACUACCACUACCAUCACUAGACGACGACGACGACGACCACCACCACCACUACCAUCACUAGACCACCACCACCACCACCACAACCACCACUACCAUCACUAGACCACCACCACCACCACCACAACCACUACCACCGCUAGACCACCACCACCACCACUAUAGUGGUCUACCACCACCACCACUCACUAUCUUACCGCUUUUUCCUUUUUACCUACUACUCAAAAUCUCCCCGUAUGUAAAAAGUGACGUCCGUCGUAUAUCGACCACCCCAACGGACUUCCUCAAAUCUCGCCAUCCACUACCAUAACAUAUCUCACGACCAACAACCACCACGACCACAACAAAGACCCCUGAAUACCCGCCACCUGAAACCACUGGAGCCUCGAAUAUCCCGUCGAAACAUCCAGCUCUACCCCGUCACCCUACAAAAGCGCGCUCAGCCCCGGCAAAUAUAUAUAUCGCAACAAGGCUUUUUGUUCUCGCAGCUACAAGUAGAGAGCCAAUUCCAGACAAACUUACCGCGCAGUUUUGCCACCAGAGGAAAUGCUGCAGGCGCAGUCCUCGACAUUCUAGUGUAAUAUGGCUGUUGUGAUCAGCGAGACUGUCACAGACACCCGAUACUUCCCCACCAUGAGACGAGGCGAUGAGCGCCAGCACUCCCCGCCGCGCUACCGAUCCUCCCCCAACCCGCGCCGCCGCUCCCCGCCGACCCAGCGCGUGCGGCAACCAAACGAAAUCCCUUAUCGCAUCGCGAACGAGUCCUACGAUCGCCCGGGGCAAUUUCCCCGCCGGCCGCCGACCGACUCAAGCUCAGAGGACGAGGCUACCGUGCGGCAGCCGAUUGCGAGCCAGCAGUACUUUGAGCAGCAUGGCCAGCCUAGGGCAGGCCAACAUGCGCCACCAGCGCGGAAUGAUUAUAUCCCACAACACGAUGGGUCGGUGUUAGCGUCACCGGCGAAUUCGACGAGCCCGCCGCCGAGGCCGGUGUGGACGGCAGACGACGCAUUGACGCAGGAGAGUAGCACCAUAAAGGUGCGGGAUCUGGCACAUAUACAGAGCUUCGCCACAGAGGAGUUCUUGACGAAUCGAGCGUCGGAAUAUAGGGCGCUGGGGAGGCAGGCAACGCCGAAAUAUGAGAUUGCCACUAUGCCGGUAACUGACAUCAUUGAGAUGGUUGCGGGGUUAUUGACGAAGAUAACGACGACGAACGACCGGCAGCAUGAGCAUCUGCAUAUGCCAUUGCCGCCGUCGGAGGGGAAUACGAAUAUGUCCGGGCUGACUACGAGCGUCCUGGCGUUCCAUGGGAAGAACGUGCCAAGCAUUACUAUCCUGAGCUACCUGAGUCGGGUGCACAAGUACUGUCCCCUGACGUACGAGGUGUUUCUGAGCCUGUUGGUCUACUUCGACCGCAUGACGGAGCGCGUCAACGCCGGGCCCACGGAUAGCACGAGGGAGACAUCAUCCUCUGAUGGCCACCCCUCUCGGCCUUCCACCGGACUCUCGACCUUGCGGCACGAAGAUCCGGAAAUGCCACGGACGCCGAUGUCCGGGCUCAGCGUGAAUGGCAGCAUUGAGGAUACGGCGAGGGGACAGUACGCGACGCCGCCGGAUGAGGAUUCGCCGCAGUAUAACCUUGCGCACUACUUUGUGGUGGAUAGCUAUAACAUCCACCGCCUCCUGAUAUCGGGGGUGACGUGCGCGAGCAAGUUCUUCUCGGAUACGUUUUAUACUAAUUCUCGAUAUGCCAAGGUCGGCGGUCUCCCUCUAGCAGAACUGAACCACCUGGAACUGCAAUUCCUCCUCCUCAACGACUUUCGCCUUGCUGUCCCUGUUGAGGAACUCGAGGCAUACGGAACGAUGCUCGUAGAGUUCUACGCCCGCGAGGUCGUCGCGCAACGAGAGCAGCAGCGCUCACAGCUCGAUGUAGCCAGUAGUAUGGCAUACGAAGACGACAGCUAGUCUGUCUCGCGAAACCCAUCAGCACAAAACAAAAAGUGUGCUGAAUGAGCUCGUCCAACCUAAGCCGCCUCCGCCUCCACCUCCACCCCCGACCCGACACCAAAAGUCGAUCGAGCCGAGCUUGCUUGGCCAGAUUAACGGAACCUCUUUUUUACUUUAUUUUCAGUUCUUUUUAACGACAUUUCGAGAUAUAGAUAGACUUAUUUACGGCCC